AUGGAUGCCGCUAAUGAUCAGGUCGCUCGACCAUCCUUGCCACUUGACGUCGUGGCUCACAAUACCACCGUGAUACUGAGCGGUGUGCUUCUGGGAGCACUGCUUGCGUUUGUUGCUUCUCACCUGGGCUGGCUGCGCCACCAUGUUCACCUGAAUGACCGGUUGGUCAAUGCAAUAUUUCCUCUUGGGCCGCAAUUCUUCUUCUUUACAUUGCCUCUAUGGUUUAUUGUGGCGAGUGACGUGAAGGCAACUAGUCUGACUUAUCCAGCAUUCAUUAGGGAAUACAGUACUGCAAUUUAUCAGUCAGAUGGACACCCGGAGUACAAUGCCAUUGAGAUCACCCCAGCUCAAAUGACCGAGACACCAGAUGUUGACAAAGUUGAACUUUGCACUGUCACCGUGUUUCAGAUUAUGCAAUGA